GGCAAAAUAAUGCAAUUCAAUUACUGGCCGGUCAUUGUUUUUCUAAAUACAACAUGGACGUUCAAGACGGUGAGAAUUCCUUGUCUCAAAAGGAUAAAGUUGAUAGAGAAAGAUGUGGGUUUUAUGUAAAAAGAAAAAGGAGAAAUUGUAGAAUGUUACCAGCUAAAGGAAAUAAAUACUGUGCAGAGCAUCUUUGCUUCCAAGAUGACCAAUUUUCUGCAAAUAGAGAUGAUCUUCAUAAAGGCAAUGUUGAAAUUUCAAAACAGACAACAGUCAAAAAGAGAGUACAGUGCCCAUUAGAUCCAAAGCAUACAGUAUUUGAAGAUAGAUUGGAGAAGCAUUUGAAGAAAUGCAAUUCAAGAGGAAAAACACAGCAGGACUAUUUUGAAGAACACAUACACUCCGGUUUGCUUCAUUGUGAAACUGCUGAAGAUGAAAAGGUCCCGUUGAAUAAGAUUCCAAAAAUGGAAAUAUAUGAUUUGAUCAAAAGGGUUGAGAAAUGCUAUUCGGAAUCAUUAUUAAAGAUCAAAAAGUGGUGUGGAUCCCAUCCGGUAUUGAAAGAAGAACUUGACAAUGAAGAAUACGGUGAAAGUACUAGAAAGCACUUUUUACAGCAGGCUUCCUUGAUCGAUUUAUUAGAAAAAAAUGAUGUCUUCAAAAAAGAUAAAUUAGCUGUUUUAGAAUUUGGUGCUGGCAAAGGAAAACUAUCACACUGGCUGCAGAAAGCUGUUGGUAACGUGGAUAAUGUCGAGUAUUACUUGAUAGACCGUCAGAAUCAUCGUCAUAAGUUCGAUUGCUUUCACAGAGGAGAGAACCAGGGACCUUCGUUCAAGAGGCUUUACAUUGAUAUCGAACAUCUCAAUCUUGCUAAGGUUUCAGAUUUGACUCAAAAGAAUAUCGUUGGCAUCGGAAAGCAUUUAUGUGGAGCAGCCACAGAUUUCUCGCUAAGAUGUCUUGCUGGAGGAGACCGUAAACAGGCUGAAUCGAAUCAGGCAUCGAAAAAAGCGAAACUUGACCAUAACACCAACCGCAUUGAACUGAUUUUAUUUGCACUAUGUUGUUAUCACAAAUGCUCUUGGCCGAGCUUUGUCGGGAGAGAUUUUUUUGCCGCGAAUGGAUUCAACAAAACUGAUUUUCAUCGAAUUACAAAAAUUUGUAGCUGGGCUGUUUGUGGUGUUCGCAGCAUUGCAAAAGAUUCUGGUGAUGAUGAGUUGUUGGGAAAAGAAAAAGAUGAAAUGAAUACUUUCCAACUUAACCCUGAACAGAAAAAAGAAAUCGGUUCAAAAUGCAAGAGACUUAUUGACUUAGGAAGAAUAGAAUACUUAAGAAAGCAUGGGUAUCAAACAGAAUUAAUUUACUUCAUUGAUUCAGCAGUAACUCUUGAGAAUGUUGUUCUACUUGCAAAGCCAAACAUUACUAAUGGUUAGUUUUGAAAUAAUUGAUGAGAAGUAUUUUUAGGAAAGAUAUAUCGAAAGAAGCUGUCAAGUCUGUCCCUCUGCAAAACACUGUAUCCCUUUUUUCAUUAGAUUUUUUCUAUAUUAAAGUUUUUCGUUUGUUAUUUUUUUCAGUAUAGCAGUAUAACAGUUCGUCCGACCUCCACUUUAUCUUUGUCGCCGUGAAAUGUUGUUAACCACUUUCACCAAGCGUACAUACACUAGGGUAUCAAAAGUAUUGCACCACCUCGAAGGAGGAGAAAUGGCGCAUGAAUGAUCGAAAGCUAUUGUUAUGCAAAUUAAUUCUGUUUUUAGAGGGGCAAUGGCAAUUGGUCGAAAGCAAAACAACGACCAAUCAAAACGUCAACCUAUUUAGAGCAUUUUUUUGAAAACUGAAGACCACUUCCCUGUAAAUAUUUUAUAGCGACUCGCCCCUCAUUUGACAAUAUUGCUUCCUUAGGCAUGGUCUACAUUUUUACAAACAAAAAUGUCUUUGCGUAAUUUAUACAUUUCUAACUAAGUUUUCUAUGGCGUCAGCAAGAUUUGCAAACUUUUCCCGCCAAAGUUUGCUCUAAAAUGCGCUUACUUCACCCAAUUAAUGCAUUCAAAGGUUUUGCAUGGUUAAAAAGUCGACAAAAAGUGCCGCCAUUUUUAGCAGGGUGGUGCAAUACUUUUGAUACCCUAGUGUACAAAACUACUCUUUCCCGCGGAGUCUACAUGCAUGCUACUUUAAUCUGGAUCUAGACGAAAGCGGCGAUUUUCGACUUUUAUUCUCUUUAUCAGAGGCUUCAGUUUCCCUGAGAUAAUCGUAGCCAUUUUGCUCUCAACUACUUACAACAAAUCUGCUAGCGUAAGCAGCUUGUCACAUAAUGCUUCUGUAGGAUGAUUUCUAUAUGGAAUCGAAUCGAAUUUCUUGACAACUAGCUGCGGCGCCAGUCUUCGAAUGAAGACGAGUGUUUUUAUUUAUGUACUGCUGGAAGGACUUCGAUUGCAGACAUCACGAAACAAUCUAAUUAUACGCAAGCUUGACUUGGCAGUUUAUUUUUACAGCGGAUAAUCUUGUGCCUUUUGAAACGCAAGGAUAAUUUAUUACACGCCCUCCUAUGUUUGAAGCUUGCAGAAAUAAUCUUUAGAAAAAAUUAUUUUAUAACGAAUCAUAACUUCAUAACAGUGCAAUUGUUGCUCUUUGUGUAGAAAAACAGUUCUAGUGUUGAUGUAAUGACUGGACGGUCUAUUUAAGGGUAUUGACAAUGUUUUGUCAUAUAAAAACUAUGGUUUUAAUGGAUUGUAUAUCAAGAUUCUUUGCACGAAGAUCAACAGACGUCGGCAGAUGACAGCUUGCGAUAUGGCUUUUUGUAUCUUGUUUAUUAAAAAUUGUAAGUAGUCUAUUUGCAUUCUCAAAAAAGUCUUGACCCACUGUCACAGGAGAUAAUUAUGUCAUCUCCUGUUGAAUUAGAAUUAGAGAGUUGUCGCUACUUGCCACGCUAAAUCUAAACUUUCUUAAUAUAAUCGGAGAUACUAUCUAUUUUUCUUUUGCAUGAAAAACUUAAAAGUUGCCUAUUCUGGUCUAUACUUUUUUAUACAAGUGCAUUUAUUUAAUUUGACUGAGGUUAAGAUAUUCUAAAUUUUUAAAAGAGUGCGUCCUAAAAGUGUUCUUUAAUGGGUUUUUGUUUUUUAUUUGACUUAAGUAAAAUUAAGAGUGGCAUGUUAAAUGUGCUUGCAAUAAUUUUUUAAAUUAUAUUAGAAAUUAUAUCGUUUUCGUUUUACUUUAUAACAUUGUUGUUAUUCAACUUCAGGUUCAACCGCACGACUUUUACUCUUAAACUUACCGUCAUCAUGUGGAA